GUAUUCAGUUUUCUCAGAAACAAACGAUAAGCGUUGGAUGAUUAUUUGAUUUAAUUUGAGCUUCGUAUCUACAUGUUUUGAAAAUUGUAUUCAGUUCGCUUAUGAAAAAUAAUUUAUUCGUCUAAAGCACUUUGGAAAGGUCAGAAAUUCUCCGUUUUAAGGAUGCAGGGAGUAUACUUCCCCACUAUUUGUUUGAUAAUAGAAGAAUGAUGAGAGUUGUGUACAGUUGCGGAUCAGGCUCAGUAUUCGCUGUUCAGUUCAGUAUAGCAAAUUUGGGUUAGAACGAUGAGCGUCUCUCGAAUUACUCCCUCAAUUUUAAGGAGGAGCUCACAACAGUUCUCCGCAGCAUUUAGCAAAGGAAAUCGGAAUUAUUUUGAGAUCAACAGGUUGCAACCAUUUCAUCUCACACCGGCUUUUUGCAUACGUCAUCGUCACACUUUUAGAUCGUUUAGCACUCAUACAUCCACGAUGGUAGUUGGACAAAAAUAUAUAAUCGCUAAGAAAUUUGAGGGUGAGCCACAACCUACCGAUUUAACACUAGUAGAAGAUAAACUACCACCAAUUAAGGAUGGAGAGAUUUUUUUGGAGGCCGAGUACUUCUCAAUUGACCCUUACAUGAGACCUUAUGUCCAGAAUGUUCCUCUUGGUAGUGUUAUGCUCGGUUGUCAAAUCGCAAAAAUUAUAGAAUCUAAAAAUCCCAAAUUUCCUGUGGGUCAAAGAAUACGAGGAUAUUAUGGAUGGAGAACGCAUACAAUUAUUAAUCCAGACGAAUGGAAACCAUCCAGAUUUUUAAAUGAAAAGCCAAGAGUAUUGCCUGAUUUUGGACAUUUAUCUCCUUCACUUGGUUUGGGCGUCCUAGGAAUGACAGGAGAUACAUCUUACUUUGGACUUUUGGACAUUUGUCAACCAAAAGCUGGUGAGACUUUAGUCAUUAGUGGUGCUGCUGGAGCAGUUGGUUCUCAUGUUGGACAAAUUGGAAAAAUUAAUGGUCUCAGGGUGAUCGGAAUCGCUGGAUCCGAUGAAAAAUGCAAUUGGCUUGUUAAGGAUCUUGGCUUUGAUCACGCUAUUAAUUAUAAGACUGAGAACAUAGACUCUGCUUUAAGGAAAGCUGCUCCGAAGGGUGUUGAUUGUUAUUUUGAUAAUGUUGGAGGCGAUAUUUCUGGAACUGUUAUUUAUAGAAUGAAUGACUUUGGUCGCAUUUCCGUCUGUGGUAGCAUUUCAUCUUAUAAUUCAGAUCGAAAAGGUCUUCCUAAAACUAAAAUCCUCCAGCCAGCAAUGGCAUUUAAGCAAUUAAAAAUGGAAGGAUUUAUUGUUACACGUUGGGCCGAUCGAUGUAAUGAAAGUUUUGCACAAAAUAUGAAGUGGAUACAGGAAGGAAAACUUAAAUAUCGAGAGACUGUUACCCUAGGUUUCGAAAAUAUGUUCAAGGCAUUUGUUGGAAUGUUGAAUGGAGAAAAUACUGGAAAGGCGAUAGUUAAAGUAACAAAAGCAAAAUUGUAACUGGAUUCUAAAUAUUCAAAUCUGAAUAUGUCACUCAGCUGAUUAUUAUUAUUUUUGAUAUAACAAAAAUAUGGAUAAUUAUUAUUUAAAUGUAAGUUAUAUAGGUCGUUUUCACAUAAUUUAGGACUUCAUUGCUUUAUUUUAGCAAUAUACUUAUUUUGAGUAAGGUCCAAAGGAAUGAAUAAACUCCAAAGAUAUAUCGUCCUUUUUAUAUAGAUUUAAUCACAGAAGCAAAACCGUGAUCAAAUCAACCGCUAAUCAAUAGUAACAUAGCAACAACAACAGACAAUCAAACAGAAUGCAAGUGUAAUAAAGUCAAGCGAGUUUAAAUAAAGCGCUCAGUUCAAAUCACGGUCGUAUACAUAGGUCUGGGGACUUACGUGGAGGGAUAGUUCCCUUAUUCAAGGUUCCAGUUAAUUCCAAAAAUUGCCAUUAAAGAGUGUAAUAGUAGAGUAGUAGCGGUUUAAUUUGAAAUUUGGAUGUUAGAAAAUCAAUAUUUUCUACAUGUACUUAAUAAUUUAAAUAAUAUAGAUGUUUCUUUAUACUUAAUCAAAGUAAUAUAUGAACACUAAAUCUUAAACAUUACAAGAUUAGAGAUAAAUUUAAUUAAGUGGACUUUCGAAAAUAUAAAACAAUUAAAAAACGCAACGUGAUAUGUUAAUAUUUAUAGUUAUGUAAUUGGAAUUCCAGAAAUUUAACGAAAGUAAAUAAUCUAGAUAACAAAAAAUUACUGUUAAGCAAAGAUGCAAAUUGAAUACUUCGUACAAAUAUUUUUAGAUCGAGAUUCUGGUUGUAUCAGUGUUACUCCGACUUUGAGGCUAGAAAACGUGUUUAAGUUUUCAAACUCUUUACUACUCGACUAGUGCACCAUACCGCGUGGUGGCAGGAUCGCGAAACUUUUUAGCUUAUGUAAGGGAACUUCCCCCAACACGAGAGCCCCCGGAUCUGUGUAUACGACCGUGGUCCAAAUACUUCGAACUCACUUCUGAGAUUGACGUAAUUAAUUUGACUAAGUUACAAAUUAUCAAUAAAUAAAUGUUACAUUGUUUGA